UGUCUUUUAUUUCUUUAUAGUAUUUAAUUGUGGUUCUCAUGAUGAAUUUGGAUUUGUUUUUAGCAUUUUUUUUACUGAUUCUAAUAAUGAUUUAAUAUAAUUUAUGCGGUUUUUUUUUAAUGUUUGCUGAUUUCAUAAUGUAUUUUUUUAUUAGAAUUUCCCUGCGGUGUUCGAGUGUGGUUUCUACAGCGGCAUUGAGGGCAAGGAUGUUGAAUGAGAAUCUUGGAAUGCCCAGGCAUAUUUUCAAUCCUGUGUUAUGGUCCGAUUUGAGCUUCUUAAGGUGACAAUCAGCUGCGUUUGAAAAGAAUGAGAACCCCCAUUCCAGAAUGGGCCUAGUGAGGGCUUUAUAUGUGUUUAAAAGUAAGGGAGGUUUGACUCCGAAAUUUUUGUUUGAGAAGGCUUUUAGAAUGUUUAAGGUACUUAUUGCUCUGUUUUUAAUAUCUUUGAUGUGAGGUAACCAUCUCAAUUUAGAGUCGAAAGUUACACCCAAGAAUUUUACUUGAUCCGCGGGGAAGAUAUCUGUUUUAUCUAUUUAUAUUUUUAUGUGUUUUAGGAAUUUUCUUCUAUUAUUUAUGAGAAUGAACUGGAACUUGUGUGGGGCAAUAUUUAGGCCUCUUUGUUUAAGCCAAUGCUUAAGCUGGUUAGCACCUUCCUCGAUGGCCUCAGUGGGAGUCCUUUUGUGGUGGAUUGGUCCUCGAUAUGCUUCUUAUUGAGGUUGUUUUGGCGUCAGUGAGAAGCUUCGGUGGCACGGCUGUUGGCACCUGUCGUCAAGCGGUCUCGGCCUAUUGUCUCAUCUGCUGUGGAGCUGUGUAUUCAGGAGGUGUUGUCGCUUCGGCAGUCGGAGUUGGAAUCCCGUCGACAGUGUCGAGAGUGCUGUAUUGUGCAGGUUCCACCCCACUUCCGCGCAUCGCGCGCGCGACUGUGCGUAGCUUCCCCUCUUCUGCGCUACAUUCUGACCGAUCCUGCGGCGUAGGUGUUUUUCCGUGCGUUGUUUGCGAAGUCGCGAGCUCGAUCGGAAGGAACGAGUCCUGGCGCUAUCCAUAAGUGACCGUGGGCCGCCAAGGUCCAAGGAUCCACCAAGGUUUUUUAAAUAUAUUUUAACCCACUGAAACCAAAUCCUCAAAAUGUUUUGCACUAAAGUGGUGCAUUAAUUAUUUACAAACAAUUUUCCGGAAAAAUUAUCAAAAACUUUUCACUUUACCGGUCCGAACAUUUUUUUUUCUUUUCCUUGUACAAAUUUAAGAAGAAAAUGUUCUGAUAUAUUUUUUCGUAAAAUGCAUUGCUUUUCGUUGAAAAAUCAUUCAAGUUUCCAAAAUUUAAGUUGAAAACGUUAAAAUUGCAAUACUUUUAUAAUUUUUCGCAGGGUCGGUCAGGCUGUAGCGCAGA